CUAAAAUGUUUGGCAAUAUUGAUAACCAAGACUAUAUUAUGAAAAGACUUGGCGAAGAAGCAAGGAAGAAUUUGGGAAUUGUUGUUCCAUUUACUGACCAAACUAAAUUAACUUCUCGUAUUGAGAAGCCAAAGUUCAGACCUGAAGACACAUUGGAUAGAGAAAUUGUGAAGACUGAGAGAAAAUAUGAAAAUAUUCGCACUAGUCCUGUGAGCAAAACCAAGCCCAUGAUGGAGCUAGAAUCAACAGGAUAUCAGAUUGAUAAAGAAAAGUUCUUUGGAAUGCAACCUAACCCAGAGAGAGCUUUUAAAAAGAAUAGCGAAGAGUUCUAUACUGGAAAUGGUAGCCCUGCUAGAAUUCCUUCUAGAAAUAAGAUUUUACAGAGAAGGUCGGCUGUUGCAAAUACAGGAAACACUAUUGUGAGAGCACCCUCCCAUGGAUCUCUUAGCCGAAUUAGUGAGAAAGUCUAUAACCCUAUGACUGGAGCAUUUAUAGAGUGUGGGGCUAAAAUGGAUAACAGAUCAUAUUUCAGAGGAAGAAGCAAUCAUACAAGCAGCGUUCCAACUCUUAGACCAAUCAAAGAAGCCAAUGGUAAAGACGACUCCAGCCAGCUCUCCUAUACCUCUGAGAUCCUAAAGAAAAAGAAGUCAAUUUUUGGUAUAAACUCCAGUACCCUAAAAAUCAACCUCGGGACCUCUUCCACAAAUCCCUCUAGCGGUCUCAUGACCAGAAGCUUAACUCAUGCUCCUUCUACGUUCAAAUCUCCACAAGAAAACUUCAACAGGUCCAUUAAGUUCGAAAGAGAGAGUGAGAAAUAUGCUGAUGCUAGCAGACAAAAGCAGUUUAAAAUUAUUAAUGACCAGAAGUACCACAGAAAGAAUGACCUACACACGCUUACGUACAACUCUAUUUCAGGUAAAUAUUACAAAUAA